GAAAAUGCUGUCUUUUAGUAAGUUUCUGUAACAGAGAGAUUGAUAAUCAAAGCUUGCGUCAGUUUACGAGCGCUGAGCAAUCAUUGACUAGGUAGAAGCUGGGCCGCGUUGUAGGAACAGAUUAAUGACAAGUGUCUGUUGAAAUGCGUUUCUACGACGGGAGCUAGUUUAUGCCCGAAGGCCAGACACCCUCCAUAAAGUUUAUUCCACAGCUAUAUAUACCUGAUGGGCUCUCGCCGGUUAUAUAUCGUUUCCAAAAUAUCCAGUUCAUCAUCUACCUCUCCGAACAAAGUUCAAAGUUUCACGCAAAACAUUGUCUCACAUUCUUAAACAAAACCGCCACAUACCAAUUGGGAACGCUCAGUAUCGUACGACAACACAACAACACAACAAUACAACAAAAUCUUCAAUAUGCGUAUCCUUCUUCUUGGCGGCAGUGGGCAAACCGGUCGUCUCGUCAUUGAUGAGGCAUUGCAGCGCGGCCACACGGUUACAGCCUUGGUUCGGAACCCGACUGUAAUUCCAGCCCAGAAAGGCCUGGAUGUCGUGAAGGGAACGCCAGCAGAGGCUUCGGACAUCGAAAAGGCUUUCAACGCAGUUCAAGGCGACCCUCCAACUGCCGUGAUUGUUACUCUUGGGUCUCCCAUGGAAAAGGGAUCUCGAAUCAUGGCCGAUGCACACGAAAACCUCAUCCCCGCAAUGAAGAGGCAUGGGGUUUCCAAAAUUGUGACAAUGGCCUCCUUUGGGGUUGGGUCUUCCUUCCCAAACAUCACCUUCAUCAUGAGAUGGGCAAUUUCCCACACCAGCCUUGGGCAUUCGUUCAAAGACCACGACCAGGUCGACGAGAUACUGAAGAAGAGCGGGUUGGAUUUUGUGAUGUUGAGGCCAGCAAGACUCACUAUGUCCAAAAAGGCGCCAGUUCGAUAUAUUAGCGACGAUGGAACGGACAAUGGGAAGGGACUGGGUGUCUUCGCCGGCUUGGGAGGGAUCUCUAGGGCUAGUGUGGCGGGAUGUCUGGUGGAUGCUGUUGAGAAGAACACUUGGAAUGGAAGAACUCCUGUGAUAAUGAACUGAUGGGUUGUUGGGUAUGAGAGUAUGGGUCUCUGUACAAUAGAAGGGAAUAACCUACCAACCGGGAAGGGACGCUAUUUGGGAGGGAGGGAAAGAGAAAGACUUUGUGAGCUGGGAGGGGGGUACUGUUCUUAUAUGCAGG